AUGCUACAUUUUUUGUGCACCACGCUACACUUGCUGUACGUUUCCCUUGCUAUCCACUGGACUUUGACCUGUUCAUUGUGCAGAUGGGCCAAGGCCAAGGCGGUUCGCAAAGCAGAUGGACUGACUGUCUGUGAGGAUGCUCAUCAGAAUCCAUCUUCAAAGAAUCGACGCUUCAACGUCUCCUUGCUUCUGCGAUAUAGCCCUCCAGAUGGGAGCCGGGUCCGGCACGUGAUGGUGGAUGCAGGGAAGACUUUACGACAGGCAGCACUGGCAGCACUGCCACAAUACGGUGUGAGAAACAUCGAUGCCUUGCUGGUGACACAUGGCCAUGCUGAUGCCAUGCUCGGCAUGGAUGAUUUGAGGGAUUUGCAGGUCAUCGAGAAGUUCUGGUCCGAAUCCGGGGAACAUAUCGGCUACCAACUGGCAGACGGAGCUGGCCCCAUGCAGAUCAUCUCCAACAAAGUCACAUUGGACCGGGUCCGUGAGGCCUUUCCAUAUUUGGACGGAAAUACCGACUUUGUGCGUCCUGGCGUCCUUCGCCGGCGCAUUGCCUACAUCGAGUUUAUGGAGGUUUCUGAUGACGAGACAAUGGACCUUGUUGGUGGCUUGCCGCUCCGUGUGUUUCCUGUGUGGCAUGGCGGUACAUAUGUGUCGCUGGGCUUUGCUUUCGGGGGGAAGCUCAAAGGUGGCUAUCCCCUUGUUUACAUUUCGGAUAUCAAGGACGUUCCACCCAAGACGAUGUCCUUCUUGGAAGAAGCCGCCGCUGUCGGCAUCGAUCUGUUCAUGGUGGAUGCCCUUUCAAGAUCCGGUCAUCCAACACACAUGUCCUUAGACGAAGCUCUGGAGCUGGUCCGCAAGCUGCGACCGAAGAGGACUUUGUUGGUGGGCAUGGAUUCCUGCGCGAUGGGAGAUCAUGACGAGGUCAACGAAGAGCUUCGAGCGCUGCAGCGCGAAGGCUUGGGCCAUUGGAAUCAUUGGACAUGUAUCGGAGAAUAUCAAACGCACUGUUGA